AGUAAGAAUUAUGCAAAAGGUUUCUCAGAAGUACAGCGCAAAGUUCGAGAAUCUACCUCUAAUGACCCUUGGGGUCCAAGUGGAACAAGCAUGAAUGAGAUUGCUCAAUUGACAUUUAACAAACAAGAUUUCUUGGAGAUUAUGGACAUGAUUGACAAGAGGUUGAAUGACAAAGGAAAGCAUUGGAGGCAUGUUUUCAAAGCUCUUUUGUUGCUAGAUUAUUGCAUUCAUGUUGGAUCAGAAAAUGUUGUAGUCUAUUCCAAAGGCAACUUAUAUGUUAUAAAAACUCUAGGAGAAUUCCAACACAUUGAUGAGCAAGGAAAAGAUGUUGGAGCUAAUGGUAGAUUAAAAUAUAUCUAUUAA